CACAAAUUUGAGGAAAACUACAAAUGCGAAAUUAGAAUUCAACAGGUGAAUUCAUAUGUGAACAAGUGUGUCUAAAGAUGCGGUUACUAGUUCCAUAGAAAACUAUGCAACUGUGUUUGUCACACCACAAUGCGAUCUCUCGCUCUCAUCAUACUUGUACUGGUCGUAUCGUUCGAAUGUCAGAAACCAGUCGAAGCAGGUCCAUCAGGUGUUGCUGGUGAUCAGGUUAGCAUUAUUAUUGCUAAUAAUAUGAAAGUUUUCUCACGAUUACCUGCAAUUCACGGGCUGGUUCAUGUAAAAAUACCAAUAUCUCAAAGACAAAUUAAAGGACAUCUGACACAAACUUGUCAAAAACUCGAGACAUCACUUGCUUUUUGA